CAACAUCAUUUUUAAUUGCAAAACAAGACAAAACAAAUAUUCGCAAAUGUGAUAUAAGUCAUCAAAACAGACGAUGUUGAUGGACGUUCUUAUACAUCAUUUCUUUAUCGCGUGGUUUCUACUAGUUGGACUCCGCAGCGAAAUGGUGCUGGACGUCCCAGAGUUACGAGAAGGAGUUGCCGGAAAUAUCACGUGUUCCGUUUACAAUGUGAAACAUCCUGCAAAAAUAGAACUAUCACUGGAUAAUAAAUUACUCUCGGAUAUGAAGCAGAAAAACAUGUAUGAUACUGUAUCUGGUACAUAUACCAGUAUAAAAACAGUGACUGCAAUGGAAAGAUCUUGGAAUGAUAAGUCAUUUCAAUGUUUAUCUUAUACGAUAGGACCCGCCGAUAAAUAUUUUUACCACGAUUUCAAAAACCAAACGGUUUAAUACAAAUAUCCACCAUCCAGCAUGAUAAUGAUCAGUCCAAAAACGCCGAUCAAUAUGAUGUCAUAGUAUCCGUUGACCAUCACAUGCGCGGCCAUUGACAGUAACGCAGACUGCAUGAUCAAAUGGACUUCAGAUCUUCCUGAUGUACAUCUGAACAGUACAACACAAGCGGGACAUCAUAUCGUGUCGACGUUACAUGUCACUGUGUCACAGGGCAAUUCAGGUCACAACAUAAGUUGCCAUACAGAAUGUGUGGACUUGGUCGUACAUUUCAUCAAGGUCUAUACCAUCGACCUUCCACUUAAAUGAAACGACAGUUGACUCCGUUACCCAGUAUGCGUGUUUUGCUGUAAACGUUCAUGGACAAGACCACAAAAGCUUCAAUGCCACGGACAAUGGUGAUGCAGCGACCGAUGGUUCAGAAGGAAAACUGGUGUUCAUGAACGCGUUAAUAAUAUCGGUUGUAUCUGUGGUCGUUUGCUUCGGUCUUUUCCUAGGCUGUGCUGUAUAUAAACGUUUAACACAGUCAGAUGAGGUUAUUCGUCCCAAGGGAAUGAGCUCAGAUGUUGCAACGAACUUUCAACCAUCCACACCAGGAAAUGCCUCGGUUCAACAUGAAAUACAUGAACCACGUUACGCAAACAACAUUUCUUCAAAUAUAGAUAGGUCAUUAACGCAGGUCGAUAGAGAGGGUCAGCUUAUCUACGCGGACAUUGACAUCGAGUUUCUUGAGCAAAACAGAGCCACCCGGCCUCCGCCAGGCGACAUCGAUCAUACGGUGUACACCAGUGUGCGCAUCACGAAAGGGAAUGAACGGGACGUGUGCUGAAUGGACUAUAUAUUCAGUAUAUAUUAAGGGACAACAUCCAUACCAUGUGCAUCAUUAUACGCUUCUCGAAAUAAGUCGAGAGUAACCCCGAAACACUUUUGCGGAGCGUGUUAUUCAUGGAAUAUUAGUGACUAUAAACAGUGUUGCUUGAGUUGCGAAUGCCCAGAUUGUAAUUUUUUUUAAUCACAAAUAUUCACUGUCAAUUUUUAAAGCAUACUCAAAAAUGUGCUUUAUGUAUACAAACAUUCACUUUAUAGAGAGGGAUAAUUAGAUUAUUUCUUUUGUCUUAUUAGUGUCGAGCGUAACCCCGUGUGUCUAAUGUGAGACGUUUUAUUUAUGCUUGCUUAGUGGAUAUAAGCAGUAUUGCUUUGCCAAAAUAUACAUUGUCUAUAUUCAUUACGUUUAGUGUCGGUUUGGUAGAGUAUAGUCCAUAGUAUGCGUUCUGUACGCAAACACUCAAAAUAGCAGAUAUAAAUAGUAUUGCUUUUUCUAAAUAUAUAGGAAUAAACUCGAACACGGUAUCAUGAGUAAAACUCUAGUACGCUAGUCUUUUAUUAAAGUCGAGUGACUUGUUACAUCCACUAUAUAUGCACAGGCUAAUCAGGGACGACACUAUACGCACAUGCAGUAUGCCCAGUUUCCUCAGAACACGACUCAUUUGAUCAACAACGCGCCCAUUUUAGCGCAAAAAAACUGAAACAAUACACGUACGGUUGUGUUUCUUUGUGGGUCAGUAUUUUUUUAAAUAAAAUCAUAUGAUGUACACGCCCUUGAUGGAUGAUGUUACUGUGUGUAACUGACAAUUGUGUAAAUUGUAUGCAGGGUGCAGGAUCAACGGGUUGCAUAGGGGUUACACACGGGCUGGACAGGAUGUAAGCACACCGUUACAAACUUUAUUUUUGCAAAUAUUUGAAGUUAAUAAAAUACAUUGGCAACAAUCGUUAAUGCAUAAGACAGUUUUUCUUGCUGUUUUCACUGGUAACUUAAGAUUAAAGAAUGAAUAAUUGAAAACGUCUCAAAACGGUGCCAAAAAUUCACGUUGCGUGCAGCAUAACCGUGUACAUGAAUACUGUACACUUCGAUUUUUUUUUUUACCAAGUACACAGGCUUAUUAUAUAAAGUAAUUCUGGUGUAUUUGACACUGUCAUAAGCAGCAUAAAACUGUCUUUUAUGCAAUAGUUGAAAUUCUUAAUAAAAAUUGUUUUAAAAUGUUAUCUCAAAAAAAAAACACUCGGUGUGUUUUCAUCCAUUAACAUUUAAUUGUGAACUCCACAAAGUCACGUGAUCCUGCACCCUGUAAAGUUUAAUGUCAUUAAUUCACCAAAUUUAUUUCAACAGUCGUGCUUUUUUAGGAAACACUAUUUAUUAAGAAUAAUUAAAACAGUAGUCUAAAGAAUCUGAUAUAACUUGUAGAAGUUGGAAUAAGUUCGCAUGUACAUGCAGUUUGUAACAGAAGUUGGACUUUUUUGUGCGUAUUUACAUACGUGUUCUUGCAGACAAAGAAGAGUUGUAAGAAUACAUCAUUGGCAUAUGAUACAUUUUUAAGCAUAUGUUAAAUACGCCAGAAUUUUUUUUUAUAUACUGUGCAGGUAUUUUCUAUCGUCGCCGUCGCAUG